AUGCUCAGCUCCCGGGAAUUCAGGUCAUUUUAUCAAGGCUUCAGAAAUAAUAACAAGGUGGAGUCGGACACAUGCACCGGCUUCAUGGGCUUGAAAGAUGACUUUGGCCAUAGCUUUGGGCGCCUUUACACAGAGACUGGUGAUACACACUUAAGUGCAAUUGUACCGUGGACUAUACUGCGGAAGCCAACCAUGGAUAAAGUUAAUUCCAGGAAGGAUGAUUCAGACAAAGAUACCUCGGAAGGGACCUGUAGUUCGAGCUGUGACUCGGAAGAAAGCACAAAUUCUGAUAACGAGUCUGAGCUGUCAAGUAGACUUGUAGUAGAACCCUGCCGGGUGACCAAGAAGCAUAGACAACUCUGUCGUUCUCCUUGCAUCGAGCCGUACAUACUAAAAAGGAAUGAGAUUCUAGAAGACCUUAAAAGUGAACACGACCAAACAGAAUCUAAGGAGAUAAAGAAACCACCAGAUGAAGUAAAGGAAUACCAAACGAAAUUGGACUUUGCACUUAAAUUGGGUUACUCCGAAGAACAGGUUCUUCUUGUCCUCAACAAACUUGGUACAAAUGCUUUAAUUAAUGACAUUCUAGGAGAACUUGUCAAGCUUGGCAGCAAGAGUGAGACUGAACAAAAUGGUGGAGUGAGUAAUACCGUUCUACGGGAAGCAUCUUCCUUCGAGUCUCAACGACCUGAAUCUCCUUUUCAUCAGGAGGCAAUAGAUGACAGUGAAAACCUAAGACCAAUUGUAAUUGACGGGAGCAAUGUUGCCAUGAGUCAUGGAAAUAAAGAGGUAUUUUCUUGCCGUGGGAUCAAGCUUGCUGUCACCUGGUUCCAGGAUAGAGGGCAUAAGGAUAUUACAGUAUUUGUGCCUGCCUGGCGGAAGGAACAGUCACGGCCUGACGCUCUUAUUACUGAUCAAGAAAUCCUACGGAGGUUGGAGAAGGACAAGUUCCUGGUAUUUACACCGUCACGGCGGGUGCAGGGCAGAAGAGUUGUCUGCUACGAUGAUCGCUUUAUAGUCAAGCUGGCUUUUGAGUCGGAAGGCAUUAUCGUGUCAAAUGAUAACUAUAGGGAUCUGGCAAACGAGAAGCCUGAGUGGAAGAAGUUCAUUGAUGAGAGACUGCUCAUGUAUUCAUUUGUCAAUGACAAAUUUAUGCCACCUGAUGAUCCCCUAGGCCGCCAUGGACCAAGCUUGGAUAAUUUUUUAAGAAAGAAGCCUGUAGUGCCUGAGUACAAGAAGCAGCCUUGUCCUUAUGGAAAGAAAUGUACCUAUGGACAUAAGUGCAAGUAUUACCAUCCAGAAAGAGGAAAUCAACCUCAGCGUUCAGUAGCAGAUGAACUUCGUGCUAUGUCUCGGAGCAACAUUGCCAAGUCUGCCAAUGAAGUUGGGCUAGUCAAGAGCAACAGUGUUCCAUCAAACACCAAGAUUGACUCCAACUCAGAUGGAAAGCGCUCAGCCCCAAAGAGGCAAUCAGACCCCAGUAUUAGAACUCAGGCUUAUGACUUGGAGGAGAAGCUUCCCUCCAAAAACAAGUUGGAAACAAGGUCUGUGCCAUCCUUAGUUAGUAUAUCAAGUAUGAAACCCCAAAGUACAACUCCAUCUCGAAAUGGCUUACUUACUACUGUGCAUUUACCAUCUCAGGACCAAAUACCACCCGGACUCUACUCUCCAAUGCUAAUGUCCACAAAAAAUCAUGGGACGAUCUCAUGUGAACAGUACCCCAAAUGUGAAUCUCCAGUGGAUAUUGGAUAUUAUUCCAUGAUGAAUGCUUACUCAAACCUCGGUAUAUCUGGAACCCGGAGUCCAGAACGGCGUUUUUCACUAGACACAGAUUACAGGAUUAGCUCUGUGGCAUCUGACUGCAGCAGUGAAGGUAGUUUGAGCUGUGGAAGUAGUGAUUCCUAUGCAGGAUACAAUGACCGUUCCUAUGUUAGCUCCCCUGAUCCACAACUGGAAGAUAAUAUGAAGUGCCAGCACAUUCAUUCACACAAUCGUUCUCAAGCAUUCAUGCAAGGCUACCAUGACUCUUUGACUAGAGUUCAAAGUUUUGGGCAUGAACAAGAGGUGAAGCAUCACCACAAGACGAUACCACCUUAUAUGUCUUUGCCUCUGCAGCAUCCUGUCGUUGCAGCAAGGUCAAGUUGUCCAAAUGAGUACCACGUUAGCCAAAAAUCGCCUGCAUCAAAGAAUGGAAUUAUGGGAAGAUCUCUGGUGUCUACAAGAAUGGAAAGCAUCUCAGAUUCAAGACUAUAUGAAAGCCCACCACAGCGUCAACACAAAACCUAUUUAAGUCAAGAAAGUCCCAGAAACUGGGAUCGAAUGAGUUAUGGAGAUGCUUAUGGUUAUCGACCAAACUACCCAAUGCUGGGUAACCCUUCCCAACCAUGUUAUGAGCAAUUUGCUUUCCAAAGCCCACCAGAAAGCCAAGAUCCUUCUUGGAGGGUACCAUAUUGUGGAAUCCCUCAGGAACCCCAAAGAUUUUCAAAUACCAGAGAAAAGAUUUUUGUGAACUUGUGCAACAUCUUUCCAGCAGAACUUGUGCGACUAGUGAUGAAAAGAAACCCGCAUGUCACUGAUGCCCAACAGCUUGCGGCAGCCAUUUUGGUGGAAAAAUCCCAGUGUGGAUAUUGA